AUGGCGGAGCCGAGCGGCGGCGGCGGCGGGCCGGGCCCCGGCGGCGAGGGCGCGGCGGCGGCGGCGGAGCCGGGCGGCCCCGGCGGCGCCCUCAUCCGCGUCUCCGUGAAGACCCCCAAGGACAAGGAGGAGAUCGUCAUCGCGGACGGCGCCUCCGUGCGCGAGUUCAAAGAAGAGAUUUCCAGGCGAUUUAAAGCCAAACAGGAUCAGCUGGUUCUGAUCUUUGCGGGGAAGAUCCUGAAGGAUGGAGAUACUUUGAAUCAACAUGGGAUCAAAGAUGGGCUGACUGUGCAUUUGGUCAUUAAGACUCCACAGAAGAUCCAAGAUCCUACAGCUGCUGCUUCUGCCCCCACUGCUGCUUCUGCCCCCACUGCAACCCCUCCUUCUCCUGCUGCCCCAUCUCAGCCUUCCACAUCUAGCAGUGCCGGUUCUGACACAGGGAGCGGCAGCAGACGGAGCAGCGGGUCAGGGACGAUGGCUGGUACUGGAGAUGGAGCCCCUAACAGUGCUACAUCCAUCCUGUCUGGCUUUGGCGGCAUCACUGGGCUGGGCAACCUUGGGAUGGGCUCUGCCAACUUCAUGGAGCUCCAACAGCAGAUGCAGCGGCAGCUGAUGUCCAACCCAGAGAUGCUCUCUCAGAUCAUGGAGAACCCCUUGGUGCAGAACAUGAUGUCCAACCCUGACCUCAUGAGACAGAUGAUCAUGGCCAAUCCUCAGAUGCAGCAGCUCAUGGAGCGAAAUCCGGAGAUAAGCCACAUGCUGAAUAACCCAGAGCUCAUGAGGCAGACAAUGGAAUUGGCUCGUAACCCUGCCAUGAUGCAAGAAAUGAUGCGGAACCAGGACCGUGCUUUGAGCAACCUUGAGAGCAUUCCAGGAGGAUACAACGCCCUGCGCCGGAUGUAUACGGACAUUCAGGAGCCCAUGUUUAGCGCAGCCAGGGAGCAGUUUGGCAACAAUCCAUUCUCUUCCUUGGCGGGAAAUUCUGACAGCUCAAGCUCUCAGCCUUUGCGGACGGAAAACAGAGAGCCAUUACCUAACCCCUGGAGCCCCACGCCCCCUGCUUCCCAAAGCCAGGCACCCAACAGUGAAGGGAGCACUGGCUCAGCAACUACCCAAAGCACACCGACUGUAUCCAACCCUUUUGGGCUGAAUGCUGCUAGCAUUGGGGCUGGCAUGUUUAACAGCCCAGAGAUGCAAGGACUCCUGCAGCAGAUUUCCGAAAACCCUCAGCUGAUGCAGAACAUGAUCUCUGCCCCUUAUAUGCGGAGCAUGAUGCAAACUCUUGCCCAGAACCCAGACUUUGCAGCACAGAUCAUGGUAAAUGUCCCCCUCUUUGCUGGGAAUCCACAGCUUCAGGAACAGCUACGCCUUCAGCUCCCUGUCUUCCUGCAGCAGAUGCAGAACCCAGACUCCCUCUCCAUUCUCACGAAUCCCCGCGCCAUGCAGGCGCUCCUCCAGAUCCAGCAGGGACUCCAGACACUGCAAACGGAGGCCCCAGGACUAGUGCCAAGCCUUGGUUCCUUCGGCAUGCCUCGAAUGCCCCCGUCCUCUACAGGAGGAAGCACAAUCCCGGAGAACCCCGUUCCCUCUGCGUCGACGCCGGCCAGUGCCUCUCCAGCUGGGGGUGGUAACCCUCAACAGCAGCUCAUGCAGCAGAUGAUCCAGCUGCUGGCUGGAGGAAGCUCUCAAGCGCAGAGUCCUGAAGUGCGAUUCCAACAACAGCUGGAGCAGCUGAACGCCAUGGGCUUCAUUAACCGUGAGGCCAACCUCCAGGCGCUUAUUGCCACUGGUGGAGACAUCAAUGCAGCUAUUGAGAGACUGCUGGGCUCCCAGCCUUCCUAAACUCUUGUCAUGCUGCCCCACAGACGUCAGCACACGCAUCCAUACACAUGCACAGGGGGACCUUUCGAGAAAGCCCACCAUCAUUUUCAUAUCUGACAGCUGUCCAUGUAUUUAAAACAAAAAGAUACAGCUUAACCCCUGACCUUCCUACUAAGUUAAGAUUUCAUGUUGAAAUGCUCUUUAACUGGCUUGUAUGUGGAUUCCAGUUCUCAUCGUGGCCACAGAGACUUCAGAUGUGUAUUUUUUCCUAAAUAUGCCCUCUGUCUCAGACACUCUUCUUCUCUCUAGAUGGUAGAGGCGAUACUUCUAGUUACUUACCUGAAUGAUUGUGUUUUGAGUAGCUUGAUUUUAACUGUACAUGAUUCCCUCCCCUAGACUUCGUUCAAGGCAAAUAUUUAAAAUUUAAGCCAAGUUGGUUUUGGUUACUUCUCCGAGCAUCUUAUUGGGAAUGGAUCAAAAGAAAAAUUGAAGUGACUUGGAAAUUUCUGAUGUCCUUUGUCUUAAUAUUCCGUUGAAUGAGCCAAGCCUGUGUCCCUUGCACACAGGUGUGUGUCCAAUCUCCUGGUAAAGGGUUGAUGCGCAUGAAAAAUACAUUUGAAUUAUGGCCUUUUUAUGCUGUGGGAAUGAUGUAGGAGCCUAGAUGCCUUUAGGGAUCAGGCUUGCUGUUCUUGAGCCCAAGGUUGAAAGUGCUGUGCAGAAGAAACAGUUUGAAAGAGGUCUUUCUGCACAAGCAAUCCAGUUUCCAUGCAGUGGUGUCAGAGGUUUGACUGUUGUGCUCAGCAGACUCAUUUAUGGAAGUGUAAAAGCAAAAGGAAAUGGAAAAAUAAGUUAACAGAUCUUUUUUUCUCCACUGGAAAAUGUUGAAGUUUUCAUGUUCUUCCCAGUUUAGACCCAUUAUCUAUCUCUCUUCACCUCUCCUCUAUACCAUUUUGAUGUGUUUGAAUGUCACUACUCUCCAAGAACCCUUCUCAAGGACCAGCAGGGUGAUAUUUUCCCAAGAGCCUCCAUGGCUGUGUAAUUUGCAUACCAUUUUUAUCAAAGAAAAAUAAAUGCGCACAACCAUCCGUC